AUGAAGUCGAGAUAUUUGACAGUCACUGUUAGUGGUAAGAAAUUUACUUUGGCAGCUGAGGCACUGAAAUUGUAUCCGGACACAAAACUUGGAAAAUUCAUUAACAGUAAUGAAAACGUCAAGAUGGAGUGUAGUUUUGAACGUCCAGUUCGUUUCUUUAAAGAAAUCCAUGCCUUUUAUCAAACAGGAAAGCUUCAUAUGCCCACUCAUGUCUGUCCACAAGCUUUUUUGGAUGAACUGAAUUUUUGGGAGAUAGAGGUUUCAUAUGUUGAAAGUUGCUGCUUGAGCAAUUUGGAAUCAUCUUUGGGAAAUUUGAAGAAGUUUAAAAGUUUUGUGGACGAAAUUCGAGUAGGUAACCAAAAGACGUUCGCACCGAAAGGAUUGUCCAGAAAACAACGGAUUUGGGAAGUUUUGGAGAAUCAGUGUCGAACGAAGGCUGCAAGGGGCUACCUUGCUGUGAGAACAUCCAUGAUAAUUAUCUCCGUCCUCUCCCUCUGCAUCAGCACGCUUCCAGUUUUCGAACAGAGGAUCAAUGUUUGUGAGAUGAAACGUAUAGUUCAUGACGCUAACGACUACUUGAAUUCAUUCCUCGACACUUUGGACUGUGGCACAGAUCCUUGGAAAGCAUGGCUUCACUACUUUGGAGAUAUUCCGCCCGACCUAAAUGAAAAAGAGUUUGAAGAAUAUUUCUUAAACCAUACACACUAUCAGCACUCUGAGGAGUAUGAGGAUUACUACAGCAACGAUGGUUUAUCAUUAGAUACACUCUACAGGCAUUAUAAAGCCAGAGUACCACAAAAGGUGAAGAAACAUGUUGUUUUUACCAUCAUUGACCAAGUGGUGAUGAUAUUUUUUGCAGUAGAAUUUAUACUGCGAUUAUCAACAUGUCCAAAUCUUCGGAAGUACUUCCUUUCGUUUCUAAAUAUUCUUGAUAUUCUAAUACUAACAGCGUCAGUUGCAGUAGAGAUUGUAGAGUCAGUUGUGAAUGAAACAAAGUUCGACAAACGCGUGGAAGCCCUUGAUUUUCUACAAAUACUUAGAAUUUUUCGUUUGCUGAGAGUAGUACAACAUAUAGUUGAGGUCCGCGUUUUUGUGUACUGUGUGAAGACAAACAUACGAGACCUAUUGGUUUUACUCGUUUUUCUCCUGACGGCCAUUCUAAUUUUCUCCAGUGUCCUGUACUUUGCAGAAGGCCAAGAUAACAUCAACAGUAUCCCAAAUGCCUGGUACUGGAGCGUGGUUACACUUACGACAUUGGGUUAUGGAGAUAUCGUUCCGAAAUCUGUCUUCGGAAAGAUGAUAGGUAGUAUUUGUGCUUUGGCGGGCAUAUUCGUGUUUGCGAUG